AUGAUGCACCUCACGCCCAGCCCCACAGCGAUCCUGAACUCGCUCUGCAAGGAGUUCCUGUCCGUGAACGUGUCGGCCAUCCUGUACCUCAUGAACAACGAGCAGUACGGCCGCAGCACGGCGUCGGCGCAGUACUUCCUGCAGCUGGCCGGCUACCUGGGCAUCCCCGUCGUCGCGUGGAACGCCGACAACUCCGGCCUCGAGAGGAGGGCGUCGCAGUCGAGCCUGCAGCUGCAGCUGGCGCCCUCCUUGGAGCACCAGACGGCCGCCAUGCUCAGCAUCUUGGAGCGCUACAAGUGGCACCAGUUCUCCGUCGUCACCAGCCAGAUCGCCGGCCACGACGACUUCAUCCAGGCGGUGCGCGAGCGAGUCACCGAGGUGCAGGAUCGCUUCAAGUUCACGAUCCUGAACGCGGUGCUGGUGACGUCGCCGCUGGACCUGCAGGAGCUGGUGAACUCGGAGUCGCGCGUCAUGCUGCUGUACUCGACCAAGGAGGAGGCGGUCAGCAUCCUGACGUCGGCGCGCGACCGCUUCAAGAUCACCGGCGAGAACUACGUGUGGGUGGUGACGCAGAGCGUGAUCGGCGAUCUGCAGCCGCACAGCCAGUUCCCCGUCGGCAUGCUGGGCGUGCACUUCGACACGAGCAGCAACUCGCUGCUGAACGAGAUCACGACGGCCAUCAAGGUGUACGCCUACGGCGUGGAGGACUUCGUGUCGGACCCCAGGAACGCCAACCUCACCUUGAACACGCAGCUGUCGUGCGAGGGCAACGGCGACUCGCGCUGGAAGACCGGGGACCGCUUCUUCAAGUACCUGCGCAACGUCAGCGUGGAAGGGGAGCACGGGAAACCCAACAUCGAGUUCACCGCCGACGGGGUGCUCAAGGCGGCCGAGCUGAAGAUCAUGAACCUGAGGCCCGGGGUCAGCAAGCAGCUCGUGUGGGAGGAGAUAGGCGUGUGGAAGUCCUGGGAGAAGGAGGGCCUGGACAUCAAGGACAUCGUGUGGCCGGGCAACAGCCACACGCCGCCUCAGGGGGUGCCGGAGAAGUUCCACCUCAAGAUCACGUUCCUGGAGGAGCCGCCCUACGUGAACCUGGGCCCGCCCGACCCCGUCACGGGCAAGUGCAGCAUGAACCGGGGAGUCAUCUGCCGCGUGUCCAAGGAGAUGGAGCUCGGAGAGGCGGAGAUCGCGAUGGCGCACCGCAACGGCAGCUACUACCAGUGCUGCUCCGGCUUCUGCGUCGACCUGCUGCAGAAGUUCACGGACGAGCUGGGCUUCACCUACGAGCUGGUCCGGGUCGAAGACGGCCGCUGGGGGACCCUCGAGAGCGGCAAGUGGAACGGGCUGAUCGCGGACCUGGUGAACCGCAAGACGGACAUGGUGAUGACGUCGCUGAUGAUCAACUCGGAGCGCGAGGCGGUGGUGGACUUCUCGGUGCCGUUCAUGGAGACGGGCAUCGCCAUCGUGGUGGCCAAGCGGACUGGCAUCAUCUCGCCCACCGCCUUCCUCGAGCCCUUCGACACGGCGUCGUGGAUGCUGGUCGGCGCGGUGGCCAUCCAGGCCGCCACCUUCACCAUCUUCCUCUUCGAGUGGCUCAGUCCGUCGGGCUUCGACAUGAAGCAGGUGGCACCGGCGGCCAACCACCGCUUCUCGCUGUUCCGCACGUACUGGCUGGUGUGGGCGGUGCUGUUCCAAGCGGCGGUCCACGUCGACUCCCCCAGGGGCUUCACGGCAAGGUUCAUGACCAACGUGUGGGCCAUGUUCGCCGUCGUGUUCCUGGCCAUCUACACGGCCAACCUGGCCGCCUUCAUGAUCACCCGCGAGGAGUUCCACGAGUUCUCCGGCAUCGACGACCACCGGCUGUCGAAGCCGUUCAGCCACAAGCCGAUGUACAAGUUCGGGACCAUCCCGUGGAGCCACACCGACUCCACCAUCAACAAGUACUUCAAGGACAUGCACUCGUACAUGAGGGCCUUCAACCGCACCACGGUCACCGAGGGCAUCGAGGCGGUGCUCAGCGGGGAGCUGGACGCCUUCAUCUACGACGGCACGGUGCUGGACUACCUGGUGGCGCAGGACGAGGACUGCCGCCUGCUGACGGUGGGCUCGUGGUACGCCAUGACGGGCUACGGCUUCGCCUUCACGCGCAACUCCAAGCACGUGGCGGGCUUCAACAAGAGGAUGCUGGAGCUGCGCGAGAACGGCGACCUGGAGCGCCUGCGCCGCUACUGGAUGACGGGCAGCUGCAAGCCGGGCAAGCAGGAGCACAAGUCCAGCGACCCGCUGGCCCUCGAGCAGUUCCUGUCCGCCUUCCUGCUGCUCAUGUCGGGCAUCCUGCUGGCCGCGCUGCUCCUGCUGCUCGAGCACGUGUACUUCAAGUACGUGCGCAAGCACCUCGCCAAGACGGACCGCGGCGGCUGCUGCGCGCUCAUCAGCCUGAGCAUGGGCAAGUCGCUGACGUUCCGCGGGGCGGUGUUCGAGGCGCAGGACAUCCUGCGCAACCACCGCUGCAACGACCCCAUCUGCGACACGCACCUCUGGAAGGUCAAGCACGAGCUGGACAUGGCGCGCAUGAAGAUCCGGCAGCUGCAGAAGGAGCUCGAGUUCCACGGCAUCCGGCCGGCCGGCAGGAAGAAGAGUCAGGCCCCUUCCUGUUGGGCAACCUGCUUGGCUCGGGACGAGCCCAUAGGACGGGGAGCACCGCCCCCUCCCAAGUUGCUGGACGCCGGCGAGGUGAUGAAGACCAGGGACAUGACGAGGAACCACGUCACGUCCACGGAGUUCUCCAGCAGGCUGCAGGCCGGCGCGCAGAUGUUCAGGCCGUGCAGGACCGAGGAGACGAGAACGGAGAUCGCGGAGAUGGAGACAGUUCUGUGAUGGUAGCCGGGGCGUCCUUGCAGCUCCAUCUGGUCACGUGACCGGCGAAGCAACCAAUCCCAGUGAAGGAAGGGCCGGAAGCUCCCACCUGGCCAGUCCCGCCCAGCUUCCGGUCGACGCGGCCGGUCGAGUUCACAAACAAACAAAAAACUGUUGUAACUGUUCCGCUGUCAGGAGUUCACGCGUCGUCUUUUGUUUUCAGUGGCGUGUGUUUCAUGUGCGUGUGCGUGUUUGUGUGUGUGUGUGCCGGAGAGAACAUUUCUACGCUUAACUGCCACGGACAAUAUCGAGUGCUGGCUACAAAAACGCACAGACUACAGUCCUCAAGCAAUGAAGUUAACGAAACAGCGGCAAUAUUUUGAGAAGUGUUCGUUUUAAUGUGCGCGUCUUUGAAUGAAGGGCUUUCGCGAGUGAUACCUUGUUGGAAAUUAGAUUUUGUCAAACAAAAAAAAAACUACAAAACAAAACAAAAAGUGCUCAACUAAUCUAAAUGGUGCUACUGACGUGAAACAUGAAAAAAAUUAUGACACUAAGACACUUGCACUUUAGAGGCACGGAUGAUUGGAAUGCUGGCUGUUCUCAAAUUCGUGUGUCAAGGUAUCAAGAUAAUAAUAUAUCGCUGUUGUUAAAGAGUAAUAAAAUUGUUGAUGUUUUUUACUGUUAAUGUUUUGACUCAUAGACUAGAAAUAUUCAUGGACGCCAGCUAUCAUUAAGUACCUCAGGCAGUAGGGUAUAGUGUUGUUCAAAUAGUAAAAGUGAUAAAAGCAAAAAAAAAAAGAAAA